AUGAAGAUCCUCACAAAAGAACAAGAACGAGAGCACUACAAUGCAGUCCUCUACGGCGGUACAGUCGGCGGCACUGUCGGUCUUGCCGUAGGUUUCGCGGGUGUCGCUCUUGCCCAAAGGCGUUAUCAAUAUUUCCGCAGUCUGACGCUUCCCCUCAAAGCCUUUCUGAUCACUUCCAGCGGUACUUUUGCCGGUAUCAUCAACGCUGACCACUACUCUCGAAAAUAUGAAAGCGAAUCCAAUCCACUGGACGUGGAUUACAGGCGACGAGAGUCGGAGAAACUGGCCGCCGAAAGAGCAGGGAAAUCGUUCACAGAAAAGGCCAUGGACUUUGGACGCCGGGAACGGUAUAAGAUUGUCGGUGCCAGCUGGAUUGCAUCAAUGGCCACGGCAUUCGCUAUUGUCAACCGGAAUAAAUACCUGUCGGGUCCCCAAAAGCUUGUUCAGGCCAGAGUUUACGCCCAGUUCCUGACUGUGGGUGUCCUUGUCGCAACCGCAGCUUUCGAGAUCUCGGACUCGAGAAACGCCAAAGGACGAUAUGAAACUGUCAGAUAUCUCGACCCGAGUGACCCAGAGCACAAGCGAUACCUUGAAAAGCAGGUUGAGCGAGAAACUUCCAGCCAAGGCAACCAGCCCGGCUCUGAUGACCUAUGGAAGGACAUGGUCGCGGCUGAAGAGGAGAGAAUCAAGGAACGCGAGGGAAGACACAAGGAACUGGAGAAGCAACACCACAAAAAGAAUGGCAAGAAAUCAGAAAAGAAGCAAGAUGAUUCUGGAGACAAGAAAGAAUAA